AUAGUUAUCUCCCUUAUUUAUAUCCCCCUUUUAGAUAGAUCAAAAGAAGGAACAUUUUUCCAAAAGCCAAGGAUUAAAUUCAAAAUGUUAAAAGCAAUUUUUACUGCAGUAAAGCUCGUAUGUUUAGCGUUUCCAGCGUUAGCGACAGGUAAUCCAACCUUUCUUGACCAAGCACCAGUGAGUCCUUGUUUAGGUAAAGAAGUUACAACCCAAUUUGUAUACAGUGAUCCUGCAGUAAAAUUUAUCAACUUGACAGUAAUAAAUUGGACAGUUAGAAAGACCAAACAAGAUACGGCAGAAAUAUUCUGCUACUAUAAUAAAUUAAAUGGAUUCAAGAUCCGUCCUGGACAAGGAGACAGGUUCAAAGACAGAGUAACAUGGGUUCCCAAUACAAUUAACCUGAAGUUUAGUGAUCUAACCACAAAUGAUACAGGCUUUUAUGAUGUUUCCAUAACUAUUUUUGGAGCAGGGAAGGAAGAAACUAAAGAUACAAAAGCAACUUUCCAGCUGACUGUCAAAGCUAAAGACAAUUGUGAGAGUAAUGGUGGAGGAAUAUCUACUGGAACUAUUGUUGGAGUUGUAGUUGGUCUAUUAGUUCUCUUGAUAAUAACAUUAGUCAUCGUUCUUGUUCUCAUAAAGAAGAGAAAAGAUAAAAAAGGGUACAUGUCAGCAUUAACAAAAUAAAAACCUAGAAGGAGAGAACAAGGUUUUGGAAAAUACCUUUACAAGAGGCAGUCAUACUUCUAGUCCUAUCUAUAAAAAACAAAAGAUGAUUUACGGUAACAUUGAGAUUAGGAAGCUGGGACAUCAUGAAAACUGAAAAAUCUGACUGUAAAAAAAAUAUUAAAAUUAUCUGAUCAGAAAAAAUGAUUUUGACAUUGACUGCACUCACAACAAAUAGACAAUCAGCAUUUUAGUACCUUUAUAAAAAUUCUUCUAAAGAAUUGAAAACAGAUUCUGUAAAUUGUAAGCUAACAAAUUGGAGAUGUUACUGCAUAGUUGGCAUUAUUUAAAAUAUUCUACAUCCAAAUCUUUACAAUCAAUGUGCAUUUAUAAAUUGCAUUAACAAAUCAAUAGUAUUAUCUGUAAGAUCUAAAGUUAGACAUUCGAACUAGAUGUUAAUGAUAAUCAAGAAAAAAAGUGGAAUAUGUGUAUUAUCACUGUUCACCAAAGAUUCUUUGAGAAAAAUGUUGGUCUCAAAUGUAUUUCAAAAUUUGGGUUACCUUGAUGUUUACUGCAAAAAUGAUUAUUAUUUUAUUUCCACUAUGCAAUUCUAUGGAGAACAUUGUUAAAUGUAUUCGUCUGAGUAUUGUUAUGAAAACUUUAUCAAGAAGGAAAACAGAAUAUGUACAUUAUUUAUGUAAUGAGGGAAUAUGGGAUGAGUUUCCUAUAUUGUAUAUAUGUAAAAAUGUUGAUGUUUCUGCUCUUAGAUCAUGUAGAUCAAAGUUUAUACCAAAUUAUUCUGUAAUGAAUCCAAGCAAGAACAAAUUAACUGGUUUGCUGUCUAUAAGUAACGUACAUGUUCAAAAGAAAUUAUCAAUUUUGGUAAAGAAAUUAUUAAUUUUUGUAAAGAAAAUUAUGAAAAAAUUAAACUAAUUAUACCAAUCGUAUUUUAUAAGUUACUAUGUAUUUGUGUAUCGCUAUGCAUUAUCUAAUUGUUUGUAAUAAUAUUGUCCUCUUGCACACCUGUAUGUGUCUGAGGGUAUGAAUAAAAUCUUAAAAAAACCUUCAA